AUGUUGAGUGCAUCCAUGAUUCAAUACGAUGAUAAUUCCAAGAAACAUGUAGCUCAACACUACAUCAAGAAGACCAGAAGAGUAGUAGCUCUGGAAGCUGCACAGAUCUCUGUGCUGGAUAAAGCCGAGUUCAAAAGAAAAAUCAAGAACUACACUCCACCAAAAGCCACUGUGGAAGAAGCUCUAAAAGAGACCUACAGGAAGAUUGAAGUUGAGGAUUUGAAGCUCAAGCAACAGGCUGAGUUAGAGGGAGAUGGAUAUCUCAGAUUCAUUAAGUCUGACAAGAAGGGAGUCCGAGUUGGCACAAAAAAGGAAAUGGAGAAUCUGCUGUUCCAUGUGAGGAGCGGUUGCUGUCAGGAUCCAUUUCCACUGGAUGAAAUGAAUAUUAAGGUCGAUCCUAAUGAUGACUACUCCAACUACAUCAGAAAACGUGGUACCUCACAGGGUGAGAGUACAAACAGACUGGUCAAUCAACUGGUUGCGGAGCUGUCAAUCCAAACUCCAGAGCUUGGCCACAAAAAGCUAUACCUCAGAUUCACCAGGCUCAACUUGGACAAAGACAAGGUUCUACAGAAACUGCUUGGUAUUGCAAAGGUUCGAACCAUGGAUUGGUAUAUUCAGCAUGCACUCUUAGAGCAGCAUCCUUAUUUGACAUACUAUCAAGGCAUGGACUUUCCACCUGAGCUUCCGCCUGACUAUUAUGAGCCAAUUGGAAUUGAGUAUGGGAGAUGCAAAGAUUGGGUGGAGGCUGAUAGGAAGCUGGCUGAAUGGACUCAAAUGAAACCCAGAGAGACAAUAGAACCACCAGUCCUAGAACAACAACCAGCUCCAACUAUUGAUUCUGUGGAGGCCACAUCUGGCCAACCUUCCAAUAAUGCUGAAUCACAAACUUCUUCAAGUAGUACAGCACAGGACUAUGGCCCGGCAGCUAAUUGGGCAAGGAAUCCUACACCCAUGACAGCAUACCAAGUUUCAGUUCUGAAUCAAUAUCUCAAACCCUCAGACAAGCUCAACAAAAUCCAAUGGACUUACUUCUGGCGAGCUGUGACGCAAGCAGCUAAAUAUCUGGGGGAGGAGGCAAAUACGGCCUCUGUUGCAAAACAAGCAGCUCUCAAUUGGCAGGCAGCACACCUCCAUCUUUGUGGUAUUGAGCCGGUAUCUACUGGAUUGGGAGGGCUGCUUAGAAAAGAGACAAUCAAGGCAUUGCUAAUAGAAAAGGGCUAUCAAGUGCAGGCAGCACGGAUGGGUGGCUUGAAUCCACACAUCAACAAUGCAAGGGCAAUGGUCAAUAGAAAAGGGCUAGCCAAGGAUAUGGUGGACAAAUUGAGCUAUGCAGAUGCUGGCAAUUGGUUGAGAUUACUGGGACUGUCCAUCUUGAGCACUCUCCCCAAACGAAAAGCAAAGCUCAUGGAGUAUUUUGCUUCACAGCCAGAGGGGUACAUUGUGUAUAGCUAG